CAUUACGGUAGGACCCCGUUGUCAUACACAAGUUGGUAUCUUGAAUCGUCUACCCAGCACAGGUUGGGCUUUAGGCAUCCGAUUUUAACGUAAAAAGCACGUCAGCUUCGGGUAUGACUAAGAAGAGGAAAAGGCAGGAUGACUUCCAAAAAGUCAAACUCAGGGUUGGCAAAAAGAAGCCCAAACCGGACAACGCGACCGAUGUUAACUUCAGGACGAAAGGAAUCCGUCUACCCGAUCAACUGAAGAGAGAUGAGUCUGGUCCGACCACGACCCGGCGGCUCAGCAUCAAGGACCUUUUGUCCCAGCUGCACCACUACAGUGGUGGGGUGAGACAGGUUGCGUUAGUGGGGCUCCGGGAACUCCUAUGCCAGCACCCCCAGCUCCUGGAGCAGCACCUGUCGAGCGUGCUCAGCGAAGCGGCGGCUGUGAUCGCGGACAAGGACGGGGCUGUGCGUGGAGCGGCAGUGCGGCUGUUGCGCCUCCUGGCGCAGUGCGUCCCGGCUGAACGCGUCGCACCCUUCUUCCCGCUGCUGAGCGCCCACUUGACUUGCGCCAUGACACACAUCUCCGAGGGCAUCCAGGAAGAUGCCCUGCGGGUGCUGGACAUCCUCCUGGAGCAUUAUCCCGCUCUGCUGUCGGCCCGCUCUGCUGUGCUGCUCAGGAACUUCCUGGAGCUCAUCUCUCAGCGCCGUUUGUCGCAGAAGGGCAAGGAUGUAGAGGAGCGCAGGGCGGGCGGAGGCUGGGCCCUGACCGUGGCCCCGGGACGCACCGUCACAGGCCAGCAGUGGCGGCUUACGGUGCUUGUCAGGCUGAGUCGCUUCCUCCAAGCCGUGGUGGAGGAAACACCUGUGGAGCAGAAGGUGCAGGCGUUGGAUGCCGAAGCCAAGGAGCAAGGUGUGGUGACAUCACUGGAGCUCACCUGGGAGGAGCAUGUGGUCGGGAAAGGCGGCCUGCAGGUGUUUGAGAACUCGGGGGUGCGCCCCCCCGCACCCUCCUCCUUCCAGCUCAGGCCUGAUGCAGAACCAGGGGCUGCGGCCAUCGAAGACCUGGCCUCGGCAGAGACUGUGAGAAGCUUCGCAUCUACUCUGGUGCCCUUGUUGCUAGGGGUGUGGGUGGAGGCCUCCUCGAGUGAACAAGGCAAAACGGACAGUGCUCAUCUGCUGAGUCCCGAGGCGAUGUCCCUCAUGUAUCAGGUCCUAACCAUACUGCAGCUGUUACGCAGGCUGGCUCCACAGCGCCACCACCAGGAGGAUCUGGACGGCUGGUUCCGAAGCACAUACCUGAAUGACUUCAAACAUCACUUCAUGAAGAACUUCCCUUACGGUCUGCUUGAGGUGGCCAAGCCAAAGAAGAAGGGAGAGAUGAAGAGGAGCAAGCAACAGCAGGCGCAGAAUUCCACCGUGCCUGGCGGGGGCGCUGUGGAGCCUCUGGCACUGAACCUCACCCUGUGCCAGGUGAUGGUGUCUCUGAGCACGCAGCCGCAGGGCAGCCGUGAUGCAGACUGGCUGGGGCCCAUCCGGGCCUUUGUGAGGGAGACGCUUUCCAGCGGCGUCAGGCUGAGCUCGAAGAACCUGGGACCCCUGCUGGAGGUGGUGUGGAAGCUCCUCCUCAGCCACAGGAGCAGAGCCGUGACGGAGGAGCUGCUCCAGGCCGUGAACGUGCAGUACCAGCAGAGGAACCUGACGCUGCCCAUCCGCAUGCAGCUACUGCGCUUCUUCAGCCGCCUUUACCUGCAAGAGCACCAGGGCCAGCCGCACAUAGCCAGGAGCAAGGUGCUGUCACGCUGGCUGGCAGCCCUGCCUCUGCAGCUGGUGCAGCUGGGCUCACGGAACCCCCACCUGUCUGCGCAGCUGCUGCAGACCGUGCAGGCGGCGGCCGCCUGGAAGAACAAAGACCUGCUGCAGAGCUUGCAGGCGCAGGCCUGCGGACUCUAUGACCCACUGGAGGGCAGCCUGGUGCUGUUGCCCUCGGAGUCCCAGCAGCGACUGGUACAGCUGGUGUACUUCCUGCCACGGCUGCCAUCCCAGCUGCUGUCCUGCCUGAGCCGCUGCUGCACGACGGGGCGGAUGUCGGCCAGCCUGGCUGCAUCCCUCAUUCGCCUGGUGCAUUUAAGGUCUUCAAUGGGCGGCUGGACAUCUGACAAGCAGGAGGUGGCAGUGAGUGACGUGGACCUGCUUAGCUUCCUCUUCUCCACCCUCACAGGUUUCUCGGCGGAUGAGCUGUCCACACUACAGCAGGCCGAGGAGGACACCGUGCCCCCCCCCUCGCCCCUGUCCCCCCUCAGCUUAUACGCCACAUCUCUGGAGCAGUUCACCCACCACUGGGAUGUGGUAGAGGAAGUGUGUCACUGCCUGGAGACAGUGGACUCGCGAGCUCAGUGCUUCGACGUUCUGCAGAAUGCCAUCUGCAAGAACUUGGCAGGCCUGCAGGUGGUGCCGGACAGCACGGCGGCAGGGCUGCUCAGGGCUGUGUCACGCCUGCUGGACCCCUCCCUACUGCCCAGCGACACCCUCCUCCGUUUCCUCAGCGACUGCUGUCUCAGCCUGCUCACCCUGCUUCUAAGCCUGGAGCUGCAGCCUGCGGCCCUGGACAGCACACGGAAGAGGGAGACAGUGUGGGGGGCAUGUCUGGGUGCCCUCAGCAGCGUCCCCCGGCUGCUUCGGCUGGUACUGCAGUCUCUCCGCGUCUCGGACCUAUGUGAGGAGAAGCUCCCCCUGCUGGCGCAGAUGCUGUCGCUGCUGCUGCAGCACGUCCAGCUGCGCAACCAAAUGCUGGCCAACGCAGGUCUUCUGCAGCACAUCAUCCAGGACCUGACGGUAUGACCCACACACAAAUGC